AUCGCUCGUAUCCGUUGAAUGAUGUAUUAAAAUGAUAUCAAUUUUCGUUACAGCAAUUCCAUGAUCGACUUCAUCUCAGAAGAAACAGCCGGCUAGCAGCAAUUGAAAAGAACCUUCGAUAUUACAUUGCAACGAGCGAUCAUCGUUAAGACUACACUGUCCACCGAGUUACAUCGUCAUCGAAACAGAUCCUUCUACUAAACGGCCAAAAAGUGGACGAUCGUCGAUAGGAUUGUUAAUACAUUCCACCCUCAUUCCAGUACCAUCGUCAUAUAAAGAGAUUCUACUCUUGGUGUGCUACUCUGCUGGCUGGAUAAACACUGGAACAAAGCAAAGAUUUCCUAUUCCAAUGAUCUGCAAACAAAGAUGAAUGCAUGCAGAAAAAAUUUGCAAAAAAAGGAUUAAUUGCGAUGAUAGCAUUCUUGAGAGAUGAAUAACUCAAACUACCUUAAUUGGGAAUUGAUCGUGAUUGAUGACAUCAAGAUCAAAUUCAUCCUCAAACAAAAUGGCAAGAUGAAAUCGUUCUACAUUUUUCGAUGUUCAUAAUUUCCAAAGAACUCAUUUUACAUCACACUCGCUAUGCGGGCUGGUACGGUGUGUCAUCCUUCGAAUGGGCUUAUAUGUACUAGAGAUACCAGUUUUCCUUAAGACAGCAUUGAAUGUACACCCAUCGUAUUCAAACGAUGUUCGCGCUGCUAGUUGGUACGGUAUCUCGGUCAGGUAAGUCUCGGGUAUGUAUGGGGCGAUAGCAGCAGCAGCAGCAGCAGCAAAAGUAAACAGAACUCUAUUCAAAAUAAACAAACGAGUGCAAAGACAAUAAACGGAUAUGGUUGGUUGUAUGGUUGCAUUUUUAAAAAGCAUAUCACAGAAAAGUUAAGCCUAACAAUGAAUGGCUAAAGCGCAAUAAUCAAUAUUGAGAAAUCGCAUUGCUAAUGUGCUUUUGCGUUCGGAAGCUAAUCGUUGAGCUGGCAAAGAGACUAAAGAAGGAGGUGAAUGUGUGUGGGGAGAGUUAAACCUACAUUUAAAUUGUUAAAUAGCAUCAGAUCUUUAUCAUUUAUUUGUAAGUGGAAGGGAUUUGCUUGUGCUGUAUAUAAAGAAGACUUCAUUCCCCCGUGAUCACAAAGUGCCAAGUGGUGAUAUUGAGCAAGCAUUUUCAAUGGAAAAUCCUACUCACUCUUUACUUCAACAAAGCAUCAUCGCUUCGGAUGAUAUUGUGGGGUUCAAUUCGCUGGUCAAUUAUCUUGUGAUGACCUAUUUUGCUCAUUAUUUCGGAAUUUGUUUAAUAAGAGCACGGAACGAUAGUUAUCAUACUGCUCCGCUCCCAACGAUCGUGCUAGUGAUUCAGGAUAGCGAUGACUUCGAAAAGGCUUUCGGUGUUGCGGUUGAUAUGGGAUGUCAGUCAUUUAUUGUAACAGAACACGCGGCGGGCGCUUUUUUCGAUGCCUUUCUUCCGGUCCACGAAGCAGCACUGCAGCGCUCGAUGGAAAAAAGAGUUCUCAUGCUGCUUGAAAGCAGUGACUCUCCGUUUCUCUCUACCAUAAGCCAGCUGCUCGUCGUAGAGGAAAUUCCAGAAAUUUUAAUUGUAUUGCCUAAACCUACCGUCCAAGCAUCCGGUACUGUCCAGCUGUACACGCUGGACAUUUCCGAUGGCAAUCCUGUAACUAUCAAUCCACGGGUGAUCGAUGUGAUCGACACUCGAAAUGACUCGUUUCCUAACACCAAGAGCGUCAAUCACUUCCCGGACAAGUUUGCGAACAUGAACAAGCGGCGCCUAAGGCUUGGAACAGUACCGUACCUACCGAACGCCUUCAUAGAGGACAAACCCCUUGGAGAGGGAAAUGCACGAUACAUCUUGCCGCCGAAACCGAACGUAUCGGCAAUGAUCAGCGGUACGGAGCUGUGGUUGGUGGUGCUGUUCUGUGAAAUAGCCAACUGUACGACGGAAAUCAUGAUCGCUUCCGAGUGGGGCAACGUGCUAAACAACGGUACCAAGUUUGGGCUGCUUGGUGCGCCGGCCAAACGGGAGGUGGACAUAACUCUCGCCGGACUGUACACGUGGUACUCCAGCUUCCAGCAUCUUGCCUUCAGUGCGGUCCAUUCGCGCUCCGGCUGCACCUGUAUCGUGGCAAAGCCACGCAUCAUUGCGAACUGGCGCACACCGUUCCUGUCCUUUACUGGUUCGCUCUGGGGUGCGGUCCUGGCCGCCUUCGUUGCCGGUGCGUUCGCCGUGCUGGUCAUGUCGCGCAGCCGGCAGCGCAUCCUGCAGCUGGGCGAAGCCACGCGAUACACCUUCAGCGAUUCGGUGCUGAUCAUGAUCGGGUUCUUCAUGGAGCAGGGCGUACCGAUGCCGAACGAGCUGAUAGCGUCCUGCCUGCUCUUUGCCACGCUCAUGUUCGCCGGGUUCAUGAUCGGCAGCAGCUACAAUGGUGGUCUGGCCAGCACCAUGAUCGUGCCGCAGUACGAGAAAAGCAUCAACACGGUGCACGAUCUGGCGGAGACGCGCACGACCUGGGUCGGUGUGACCGUCAACUGGCUGUUCUCCAUCCAGCUGGCCUACCAGCCGGACAUGCUGACGCUGCUGACAACGUUCCGCGAGUGGGAGGAGGGAGAGAUUUCGCGCCGCGCGCACGAACGCACGGUGGCGAUCAUCGUCGAGCGGAUGGAGUACGGCCACGUGGCCCACCCGCAGAUGGCGCUGGACGCGAUGAAGGGCCGCAAAAUGAUGGCGGAAGACAUCUACUGGGAGUCAGUGGUCGGGAUGUGCUCGAAAACGUGGCCGGCGCGGGCCCGGUUCGAUCGGCUGGUGCUGGAUCUGAAGGCGUUCGGCAUACUGGCCCACUGGGAGCUGAUCGGGGUGGCCAGGUAUUUGAGCUUCAAGUCGCAACAAAUCUUACGCUACUCGCGAGAAACCGGCGGAGACGAGUUUACGCCGCUGCGUAUGGCCAACAUUACGGGCGCGCUGCUUAUCCUGCUCGCCGGGCUAUCGCUGUCGCUGGUUGUGUUUGUGGCGGAACUCGCGUGGUACUGGUGCGGGCCAAGAAUCAAGCGAUGCGUGGCCGACUGUCUAAUUAAGUGUAGCGUGCGUUUUGAUAGAAAAAGGACCAGAUCAAUGGGCAGAGAAGUGUGAAAUGGGAUGGUACAUUCAAAUUGUAAGCUACAGCACUUGAAAGCAGACAAACCAAGACAAAUUAAAUUAUUUCAAGCUUUACUCUCUCGCACUCAUUGUAGUCGUGGUAGAAGCACAAAAUAAUUGAUUCUUUGGAUGAAAUAAUGCCACUUAUCAUUACAUCCCCGUAGUGUUCCCAACGUAGAUAUACGCAGUGAGAAAAGGAAAAUGAUUGGAGUAAUUUAGGCCGUAAUUCGACCACACAAAGAAGUUCCUGUUGCCGUCCGUCUUGCGUAACGCAUCCAAGGAUAGCGCUUUAUCCGUAUUGCGAUUUGAUACUUGCGUAAGUCGUACAGCACAGCCAUAGGAAACAGUUAAAGAGCAAGGAAGCGCAAACACAAUUUAAUUCUAAUUUGCGUGCCCAUAAGCCAAUGGUCCAGGGCAGAGAUGUCAAACUGAUGGCCUCUGAUGUCUUUUGGUUUGGCCCGCGACCGCUUGAGCCAAAAUUUCUUUGUAGAAGCAUUUCUGCUUCUAUAGUACAUGCCAGUCAAUUCCGGACUCCUGAAAUAUGAAGAGAUUCUCAACUUCGCAGGUGUCUCUACUAUCAUC